AUUAUUCAAAUAAAUUAAAAAUGAUUUAUAAUAAAAAAUAUUUCAGUUUUAUUAAAAAAAGAAAAUUAUAAAUAAAAGUAUUCACUAUUAUUAUAAUUAUAAUCAUAUUAAUUCGAUUUAAAGUAGUACUGAAAAUUUCUUCACCUUUUCCAAUAACAGUAUUUUAUAUUUUUCUUUUUUGUAAUAUAAUCGUUUGUUUUAAAGCUUUAAGCGAAGAAGUUGACUUACCUUAAGUGUCAUUUACCUUGAAAAUAAAUAUAAUUUUAUACAAAAAUCAGAUAUUCUCAGGCAGCAAAAUCAUAUGUAUUUAAAAAAAAAAUAAAGUAUAUAGAAAAUCCCACUACCAAAAUAAAUAAAAAAUAGAAUUAUGUUUACUGACUAACUUUGCAAUCAUUUAAUGGUGUAUUUAAUAACUUUUUUUUUUAAUAAAUACUUGAAGUCGUUCACUUCGCAACAAGUGUCGAGACUAACAGACUCGAAGUGGGAUAUUACAUUAUUUUCAAUUGUUCCAUUCAUACUAAACGAUCAAACAGUGCAAUUAUCAACCUUCUGCUGUCAGUCUUACUUCAAAAGAACGUAUAGGAAGGUGUUUUAUUAUUAUCCUGUAGUGUUAAUUUAUAUACUGAAUAAGCAGGUGUUAGAAAAUGAAGUCAAUUGAAAUGAUAAACGCUAAAGAACUCGCCUACGAAAUAAAAAAGUACCAUGCUAUAUGUGACACUAAUGCUGAUGAAUACAACAAUAAAGUGAAAAAGUAAAAGGCAUGGCGGAAUGUAAUUGUUAAGUUUAUGCCCGAUUUCGAAAAAAGAUCCACAGAAAAAAAACUAAAUAAGUAAAUUUAUUAUUAGAAUAAUUAUUAUUUUUAUUGCAAAAAAGCAUAAUUACAUAUCUAAUAAAAUUAGUGAAAUCAACAUAACCUAUGGUUCAUGAUUUUAUUUUUAUUAUAUCCAAUCCAUUCGUCAUAGAAUUAUAUCUUCAGAGCUUAAGAAAAAAUUUGUCGGUUUUCCUAUCGUGCGAUGAUGAAACUGAAGACGUGAAACCUAUUCAAUUUAAUAUACCUGCAUCAUAUAGUGAAAAAGUCAAAAUUCAUAAUUGGCAAAUGAAUACACUAGCAGAACCAAAAGAUAAUAAAGAUAUUUUUCCACCAAAAGGAAAUCUUCAGAAAUCAAGUUAUAGACGAUUAGGUUCUUUCGACGAACCUAUGGGUAUAUCUGAAACUCAUGCUAUGCUAUCUCAAAUAGAUUUCAAGGAUUUGUACAAAUCGAUGCAACCACAUAGAGGUUUUCUUAAAAUGCUAUCUUUUGCAAGGACCGAGGAAGAACAAGAGAAAGAACCAAAGUUAGAAGAUAUAAUCUAUAGUUCUGAAGAAAUGCGUUGCAUGGAUUAUCGAACCACGACAGAAAUUGAAUAUCGAGCACCUUAUCCAAUGAAAUCUGGACCACCGCCUCAAGCACCUCCUCCAGUACCAUGGUUACUUAACCGUCGAACUAUUGGUUAUACUCUUGAAGAUCUACAGAAAUAUGAUGGUGUCGUUACAUUUUUGGAUGAAAAUAUGAAGCUCCAAUAUUGCAUAGCUGAUCUAAAAAAGGAACGAAAUAAAAUGAGAGAUAUUAUAUCAAUCAACUCUUCAAAUGAUUGCAGUUCACGUCAAAUUGUCAAAAAAAAUGAAAACGAAUAUCAAUGUCAUGAAUAAAUAAAAAUACAAGUUUACAAUAUUAAAAUACAUAAAAUGAAAAAAUUAAAAUAGAUCAUUUAUAAAUAAAAACAAAAAUUUAUUGACUUAAUAUAUUGGUAGCAGGAGGCAAAUUAAAAACAAAUAUUUAUAUACAAUUUUUCAUUGAAAAACAUAUCUACAAGAUAACUUUUUUUUAUAAGACUUGUUAUAGCAUUAUAUAGAGAAUAAUACAUCAAAAUAUAUUAGAAUAGGACUCAUAUGUAGGAUUGUACAUCGUUGCUCGUGACAGAAGCAAAAGCUACACAAUUUCUUAAAAUAAUUAUUAUUUCUGUGCUGCAAUUGUUCUUUUAGCUAUCAUAUUGUGGCACUCUGUAUGUGAAGUUAUUACUUGUGACAAUAUUAAUUCCGGCACCAUAAUAUGGCAUAACAUAAUGUGAACCAUCCGCUGGUCCGACAAUCUGUGUUGCUAUUAGUAUUACAUCUGCGAAUUGACCCAGGAAGAGAAAACCUAAAGUACUUAAUUUCAACAAUCCAAGUGCUGGAUAUCCAAGAUAAAAACGAUCUGCACCAAACAUACCCAAAAAUAUAGACAACAGUAAAGUUGUCUCAAAGGAAUAUCCAUUACUGUAAAUGAUUAUAAGAAAAUAUUUGAUAUGAAACAUAGUGACAUUCAAUUAAAAUGAUCUUAAUAUAUAUAUAUAUAUGUACAUAUACAUACGUCCAUUUACAAGGUAUAUCCUUUUUAAAAGUAUUAUUUCUUGUUUCUGUACAAAUAAGGCCAUCUGCAGCUAGACACAACACUAAAAAAUAAAAUUUAAAUACAUUAUUUACGAAAAUUAAUGAAUAAUUUAAGAAACAUCAAGUUUUUACAAUUCUUAUCAUUGUAUUGUUCUUGGCAUAAGUUUACAAAAUGUACGAUAAUAAAAAGCAUUUUAGGAAAAGAUGUAUAAAAUAUUUAGUAAAGGUUAAUACUGUAAUUGAUAAAUAUACGUAUUACAAA